AUGGAGGAAUCAUCUUUGCCGUGGCUGCUCUCCUCUCUGACUGUAAGUCCCAGCAGCUCUCAGUUUUUCACCUUGUAUUCGGUCUCUCUGAGCUGUGAGGAGGACGACAGCUCUGCUGGAUGGACGCUGAGGAGGAACACAACCAGUAAAAUGAGGACUCAGUGUGGAGCUGGCUGGGGAGAACCAGCUGGAUCUUCUUGUAACAUCAGUUACCUUUUCUAUUGGGACAGUGGAGUUUACUGGUGUGAGUCCAGAGAGGGAAGAACCAGUAACACCAUCAACAUCACUGUCACUGGUGGACCAGUGAUCCUGCAGAGUCCUGUCCUCCCUGUGAUGGAGGGACAUGAUGUCACUCUGCACUGUAAAACACAGACCCCUCGCUCCAACCUCCCAGCUGGUUUCUAUAAAGAUGGCUCCCUCAUCAGGACUGAGCCUACAGGUCACAUGACCAUCCACCAUGUUAACAAGUCUGAUGAAGGCCUCUACAAGUGUAACAUCAGCGGUCGUGGAGAGUCUCCAUCC